AUGGCCCAAUCCAGACAAACAAACCUCGAAGGCAUGGCCAAAUGGGCCGACAACACUAACGACCUCGCCAAGGAGGUUGAUCUCGAGAACCAUGACACCAAGCUUCCAGAAGUCAUCGAUAACAUCAGACAAGAACUCACUCAGAUAACCGAGGAUACUAGCCAUGCUUCUUCGCAUGCGUGUUCCGAGUCUGAGCAGGAGGGUAUUAGAUCAUCUUAUUACAAUUUUGUGCAAUCUCAGGAAGCACUGUUGAGGACUAUUAUUGGGAAACAUAAGAUUUUGUCCCAGACGCCGUUCACGGCGCCGAUGGGGACUAUCCUGACUAUGCUGGAGGGCGGGUUUGAUGCAUUGGGCGAAGCUGUUAUUGGAGAGGUUCCUUUGUUUGCGAAGGAGGUUGAGGGGAUGAGGGAUCGGUUGGAUGGUAUGCUGGGUCAGGCUAUUGAUUUGUAUGGCUAG